UUCCCCAUCAUUUCUUUGAGAGCUUCUCCAUUCUUCAUCAACUUUGAGACCUCUCUCUCUCUCUCUCUCUAGUUAACAGUUCUUAUUCAUAUUCUUAGUUACAGGCCAUUGUAGAGGGUGUUAGUGGAAUUGUUGAGAAGUUUGAUCAGUUGGAUUGGAGAUGGCUCCUGUGACACUUCCACCUGGUUUUAGGUUUCACCCCACUGAUGAGGAAUUGGUGGCCUAUUAUCUCAAGAGAAAGAUUCAUGGCUGGAAGAUUGAUCUUGAGAUAAUCCCUGAGGUUGAUCUCUAUAAAUGUGAGCCAUGGGAUUUACCAGAUAAAUCCUUCUUGCCAAGCAAAGAUCUCGAGUGGUACUUUUUCAGCCCUAGAGAUCGCAAGUAUCCGAAUGGAUCGAGAACAAAUCGAGCAACCCAGGCUGGUUAUUGGAAGGCAACAGGGAAAGAUCGCAAAAUUAACUCACAGAAGCGUUCAGUGGGCAUGAAAAAGACGCUUGUUUAUUACCGAGGCCGAGCACCCCAUGGUUUACGAACCAAUUGGGUCAUGCAUGAGUAUCGCCUUGACGAGAAGGAAUGUGUGGCAGUGUCAGGAUUGCAAGAUGCUUAUGCAUUAUGCCGCAUAUUCAAGAAGAGUGGAACCAUCCCCAAGAUUGGAGAACAAUACGGUGGCGGUGCCCAAAAUCAAAACCAAUGGGUGCAAAAUGACUAUGCAUCUGGCAUGGAACUCUCAGAAGGAAAGGGAGAUGAUUAUGAUAAUAAUGAUUAUCGGUUCCCAUCAGACAAUUCUUCCUCUGAAAUCAUACAAUGUGCCCAAGUCGACAGAGCCACUAGAGAUGGGAGAUGGACACAAUUUCUCUCAGAUGAGGUUGUUAGUUCAAUGUGCCAGUUCCCAAACUCCAUGAACUCUUCAUUUGUACCAUCAAAGGCUGAAGUUGCCAUGGAGUGUGCACUGCUUCAAAAUAGACUAUCAUGGCCUCCUAUGGAGAUCGAAGAGUUUCCGCAAGUUGGUACAUCAAACACAAUGUUCCUUGAACCUGGGGUCUUCGAAACCUACACAGUGGAGGAGGAAAACAAGGAUUAUAAGAAUGAAGUGGACAUCCUAGAAGAAAUAUUGAACAUAGCUUCUGCUUCUCAGGAAAAUAAUGCCAUUGCUGUAAACCCGAUUGCUGGAACACCAUCGGACUACACUGAUAUUUGGUUAGGAAGCUUUCCUAAUCUAGAAGAUAACUUAUCGCACAAUGUUAAUUACCAUGGUCAUGGUAGCGAGGAUGUUCAUGCAAAGAUUGAAUCUCAAGAACUUUGUAAUGCAAUGGAAGCAUCAACAGUUCAUGGGAAAUCCUAUGGCUUGGUAGGUGAGUCAAGGUCGAUAGAGGUUCGCAACACUGAUCGAAUUUCAAGUUGUAGAGUGCAGCCUAGAAAGAAUGGGCUUCCUCAAGAUGCUAGAGAAGAUAGGAGUAAACUAAACAAUAUCAUGGAGGAGCCACUAAUUAGAAGCAAACAAUCUGAGGAAUACCAGUACAGAACUCUCCUGGUAGAAGCCAUAUCUGGUGAUAAAGUAGAUUGCACAGGAGGUGAGGCGCAUUAUGACCAACUUAAAGGCUUCAAUGACUCCGAGCAUAUGACUAGUAUUUUGUCAAACUAUACAAAUGGAUAUGUUGCAGAUAACAUGAAGAUGGUUGUGGCAAAAGAACAGAAAGUGACCACUCAAUCUUUUCAUGGGGAAAAUGAUCGUGAUACCACUAACAAAUCAGAUUUUGACAUUCUUGAGCAAGUUGAAGUUAGUCAUGGGUUCUCCAUUUCAAAUUGUCAGCAUGCUACCACAUUCUUUCAAAGGGUUGAGCCCUCGAGGUUGUUAACUGUGCACAUAAAUGAGCUUGGUCCUACAGAUUUCGAGAGAGAAGGGUUGGAAGCUACUCAGGGCUUCCUAUGUAGCCCUAACAUGAAAUCUGUAGUCUCAGAUAGAAGCGAAAUUCUGAAUGAGUUUCAGCAUAGUAAAGGAUGGUGGCUUACAAGCAUGGAGGAUAAAAGAGCACCAGAAUUAAAGAGCUUUACAUCUUUGAGAAGCCCUUGUGAUGCAUACCAAUGGAUAGAGCUAGAGGUUGUGAGCAUGGAACCAAUGGCAACAAGCCAUAAGGUAAUAGCUAGAGAUUGCUACAUGAAUUUUCUUUCAUCUACUAAAGAUACAGCUGCAAUUCUCACCACCUCAAGGCCUCCACAACCUGAAGACCCAAUUGUCAUUAAACCCAGGAAAAAGUGUGGCCCGGUUUUCCAAAGAAUCAAAAUAUUCUUGGGAAUCAUGGCAGUGAUAAUGUCAAGGAUGUCCUUCGGAGAGGAACUCACGCCCGCAUCCGCAACUGAUGGCCAUUCCUCCAAGGUCAGGUAUUGGAAGAAGAGAAGGAAUGAGAGACAUGAGUUCGAUACUACGAAAGACAGUAAAGAUCAGAGUGAUAAGAGCAUUAUAUCAAGGAGGGGCCUCUCAAAUCUACUAAAAGAGAAGUUGAUCCCUAAAUGUCUAGGAAAGCUUCUACCUCUCUUCCCCAUAGCAUUGGGUAUGUAUGCUUGUUGGACGCAUCCUUAUCACCUCUUCUUCUAAAGAUGAGGGCGAAGGUUGUCCUCUUUUGUAGCAUAUGGGGUGGGGGAUUAUUUGGAACCAUGGAGGAGGAAGAAGUACAAAGUUCAGCCUAGGUGGUAGGACUCUACUUUGAGAAUUCUAAUAAAAAAAACAUUAUAAAUCAUUUAGGAAAUUAUCAAUAUGUUGGAAUAUGUACUACUAUAUAUUUGUUAGGGAAAGCAAAGCUUUUC